CCUAGUAAUGCAGAAGUUGCAAAAAAUAUCAGUCAAAUCAAGCAGAAAGCUCGUAUAACAAGAGAUAAACCUGUACAAAUCAUUCAAGAUAUUACUGUUAAUAUAUCACAAGAGUAUUAUCCCUACAUGCCAUCUUCUAAUGCUCUUCGUUCAAUAAUUAAACGUGUCAAAAGAGCAGAAAUGCCUGCUGAACCACAAACCAUUGAAGAAGUUAAUAUUCCAGAUUCACUUCGUUUAACAUUAAAUGGCGAUACUUUCUUAAUAAGGGACUGUGUAAUUGCUGAUGAUAGAGAAAACUGCUCAGUAAUGGAUUAUUUGCGAGGGAUUGCUCAUAAUCUUGCAAUAUAG